AUGGCUCGCGAGAACUUCGGACGUUGGAAGAAAGAGCUCCCAAGCGCAAGACAUAUCGCAGCACCCACACGCACCCACCCACGCACCCACGCCCAAGACACAUCGCAGCACCCACGCACGCACCCAAGCCCAAGACACAUCGCAGCACCCACCCACGCACCCAAGCCCAAGACACAUCGCAGCACCCACGCACGCACCCAAGCCCAAGACACAUCGCAGCACCCACCCACGCACCCAAGCCCAAGACACAUCGCAGCACCCACGCACGCACCCAAGCCCAAGACACAUCGCAGCACCCUCGCACGCGGGCACACGCCGUCCGCCAUGUCCCAAUCGAAGCGCCCUGCAAACGACGCGUUCGGCUCCAACCAGCUGGUCAAGCGCGCAAAGUCGGACGCGAACCUCGACAGCACCGCCGUUGCCCUAUCGAGCGCUACCGGGCAGAAUGGCGCACUCAUACCAGCGGGACCGCGAGGCGGCGCGCUUCAGUCGCCUGUCAUGGAGUUGACCGGCCACUCGGGCGAGGUGUUUGCUGCACGGUUCGAUCCCACCGGACAGCACAUAGCCUCCGCCUCCAUGGACCGUUCCAUAUUGCUCUGGCGCAGCGCUGGCGAAUGCGACAACUACGGCAUCCUCACGGGACACAAGCAGGCCGUGCUGGAUCUGCACUGGUCGCGCGACUCCAAGGUGCUGUUCUCCGCUUCCGCAGACAUGCACCUGGCCAGCUGGGACGUGGAGACGGGCGAGAGGAUACGCAGACAUCCCGGCCACGAAGAGGUCAUCAAUUGCAUGGACGUCAGCAAGCGCGGCGAGGAGAUGCUCGUCAGUGGCUCCGACGACGGCUACAUGGGCAUCUGGGACACCAGGACCAAAGACGCCGUGACCUUUAUCCCAACCGACUUCCCGAUCACGGCGAUAUGCUUGGCCGAGGCCGGAAACGAGCUGUUCACGGGAGGAAUCGACAACGACAUCAAGGUCUGGGAUCUGCGAAAGCAAGCCGUCACGUACACACUCAUCGGUCACGCAGACACCGUCACCUCCCUGCAACUCUCGCCCGACAACCAGACACUCUUGUCAAACGCACACGACUCCACCGUCAGGACAUGGGACGUGAGACCGUUUGCGCCCGCCGAUCGCCGCAUCCUGACCUUUGACGGAGCACCCACCGGCCAAGAGCGCAACCUGCUCAAAGCAAGCUGGGAUGCAAAGGGCGACAAGAUCGCAGCCGGCAGCGGAGACCAGAGCGUAGCCAUUUGGGAGUCGCGGACAGGCAAGCUUCUGAAUAAGCUUCCCGGCCAUCGAGGUGCCGUCAACGAUGUGCGCUUCCACCCGCUCGGUGAACCACUAGUGGUCUCCGCGUCCUCGGAUCGCACGCUCAUGGUCGGUGAGCUAGGAAGGUGA